CCACUAGCAGCAGGAGGAUUAGAGCAGGGGCUGGAGCUGGAGCUGGAUGCAUGAUCUCAGCUGCAGCAGGAGUGUGUGUGUGUUUAGGAGUGUGUUUAGGAGUGUGUGAAAGUGUGUGUUCUUGUUGCAUCUUCUAAAGGAAUUAUCAGGUAUAAUAAUCGCGUGUUCCUAUGAAGGGUUGGGGGUAACCGGGCGCGCGCGCAGCAGCAUGGAGACCCCGGACGCGUGCGAUCCGUACGGGCGCCCCGCGCGCCGCACACAAUGGAUCGUGAGCACGCUGGCCUACCACUACGGGCUGGACCGCGGGGUGGAGAACGAGAUCAUCGUGCUGGCCACGGGUCUGGACCAGUACCUGCAGGAGAUCUUCCACCACCUGGACUGCCGGGGGGAGGGCCGGGUCCCCGCGGAGGACUUCAGGGUGCUGUGCGCGGUGCUGGGGCUCGGGGAGGAGGCGCGGGAGGAGGAGGUGGAGGAGAGCUCCGGGAUCCUGGACUCCCUCCCCGGGGAGUUCACCUUCCGCCAGUUCCACGCUAAACUCUGCGGCUACUUCAGCACCAGGGCCGGCCGCGGGUACGAGGACGGCCGGCUGCUGGUGGGAGGAGACAGCGAGCACAUCGAGACUCAGAUCCGCCUCAGGAGCCCCCUCAGGCGGCGGGGGAAGCUGCUGAGCCCCGCGGGCUCCGGAGCGAAGCCCGGCUGUAAGCCCGGAUCCUGCACGCGGGAGUGCUACGAGGAGAUCGUGGCUCUGGAGGAGGCGGAGGACCGGAUGGCGAAGCUGGAGGAGGAGAACGCCAGUCUGAGAGAGCUGGUGGAGGACAUGAGGGCGGCGCUGCAGAGCAGUGAUGCCCGGGCACUGGCCCUGCAGGUCGGACUGUGGAAAAGUCACGCUAAACACAGGCCAGACAGCGGCUGCUUUAUCGCCCGUCACAAGCGCUCAGCCCAGAAAUCCACUUUCCACGGAAACCUGAAGAGCCUCCAGGGUUUCCUGCGUGAGGUGGAGCUGGCCCAGGUGGAGCAGGUGGAGGAGGUUCUGCUGCUGAAGCAUCAGGAGCAGAAGAAGCUGGAGCAGGAGCUCAGGGCGUCGCGGGAGGCGGCGCUGGGGCUGGAGGAGUGUAAUCGGACUCUAAAGAUGGAGCACAUGGAGAUGAGGAAGAAGGUGGAGGAGGCCAGGCAGGCUCUGCUGGUUGGUUUGGGGAAGGUGAAGGAGCUGGAGUCUAAAGCCAAUCAGAUACCUGUCCUACAGAGACACAUAGAGCAGCUGGAGAUGGAGCUUCUGUAUUUCAGGUCUGAAAUGUCUAAACAGUCUGUGGUGUUCAGCAGUGUGGAGGAGGUGCGGUACGGCCGGCAGAAUCAGCGCUGCUGUUCGGAUUCACAUCGUGACCGGGAUUCUCCAACAGGAAGAGCAGAAAACGCUCACGAGAACGUGGAGGAGCAGCUCUUCCGGUCGGUGGAGGGUCAGGCGGCGUCUGAUGAAGAGGAGGAGCGCUGGACGGGGGAGCAGCAGAGGCAGGUGGACGAGGUGAAGAAGAUACUGACCAGACUCUCCUGCUGUGGAGACAGGUGUGAUGAUAGAGCUCUGAAGAGGCUGCUGUCUCACUGUGGAGACUCGCGAGCGGAGGAGAGCUACACCGCAGUUCUGGAGCUUCUGGAUCGAGUGACCCGCCUCCACAAACAGCUGGAGCUCAGAGAGAACCAGGCCAUGAGGAACCGGCCCGACCCAGAGCAGAUAAAGGACUCCCUGCUGCAGGAGCUCCAGCAGAAGGCGGAGGAGACGGAGCUCCUCCACAGGGAGCUGCAGAUGUUGGAGACGGAGAGAGUUCGUCUCUCUUUAGUGGAGGAGAAACUCCUGGAUGUUCUGCAGCUCCUGCAGCAGCUCAGAGAACUGAACGUCUCGAGGAGAUCAUUGGGGAAGAUUUUACUGAGCACACUGGAGUCCUGCAGCGACCCUCAACACGGUAAAGCUCAUAUCCUGGAGGUGCUGAACGCUCUGUGUCAUGAGCUGGCGGCGUGUGAGGUUCUCUCCAGCAGUGGAGUUUUAGAGAAAGCUCAGAGCCACCAGUCCCUCACCAACCCUCUCCUCAUCUCCUGUUAAACUACAGCGCCACCUGCUGUCUGAAAACAGCCGUGAACUCUUUACCUGAUCCAUUACAUCCCAUCAAAACCCCAGAGCUGCUGACUGGUGUCUGAUAUUCCUCAAUCCAGCCGAGCUCCUCCUCCUUUCAGAAGAUCAGCACUUCACUUCUACACCCUCUCCCUUCCUUCUUUUACCUGUUUGUAAUUAAUAGUUGUUUAUAUGUCUGUUUUAUAUCUGUUAUAUAUGCAGCUCUGGAAAUGAAGAAAAUGAAGAGAUCACUUCAUUUUCUGAAUCAGUUUCUCUGAUUUUACUAUUUAUAGGUUUAUGUUUGAGUAAAAUGAACAUUGUUGUUUUAUUCUAUAAACUACAGACAACAUUUCUCCCAAAUUACAAAUAAAUAUAUAUAAAAAAAGAGUUCAGAAAUAAUCAAUAUUUGGUGGAAUAUUCCUGGUUGGUUUUUAAUCACAGUUUUAAUUUCAUGCAUCUUUGCAUCAUGUUCUCCUCCUCCACCAGUCUUACACACUGCUUUUGGAUAACUUUAUGCUGCUUUACUCCUGGUGUAAAAAUUCAAGCAGUUCAGUUUGGUGGUUUGAUGGUUUGUGAUCAUCCAUCUUCCUCUUGAUUAUAUUCCAGAGGUUUUUAAUUUGGUAAAAUCAAAGAAACUCGUCAUUUUUAAGUGCUCUCUUAUUUUUCUAGAGCUGUAUGUGUUUGUCUUUUUUUAUCUUUGUAAUUUUGGGAUUUAAAAACUUUCAAAAUCCAUAUGGGCUUUUUUACGUUAUCCAAUUAACUAAGAAAAGUCCUGUUUUAUUAAAUAUUUCAAUGUAUUUGUAAAUAGAUUGUAUAAUGUGUUAGACAAAGCUAGUGCUAGUCGUGUUAGAUUAUAUAUAUAUAUAUAUAUAUAUAUAUAUACACACACAAUGCAUAUAUAUAUAUAUAUAUAUAUAUAUAUAUAUAUAUAUAUAUAUAUAUAUAUAUAUAUACAAAUAUUGGUGCUGUUCUAGGACUUAAAGUGACUUAAAUUGGAGUUUUUGAAAGAAUUCUCUCAGGUAGUCGUGGUGCAGCUUAGUAUUGAUCAAUUUGAUCGAAGACGAUUUACAGAAGUUAUGUGAUGUGAGGUCAAUUAAAACUACGUCCCCUCAUAAAAGCUAUAUGAUGAAUUAAACAAAAAUAGCCAGCUGUAUAAUAAUAUAAUUCUGUAUACUACAUUUUUUGUAUGUAAUUUAGCUUGGAAAAUGCUUGUAGCACUUGUUUUUGUAAAGCUGACAGCUUUUCUGUUCCUGUUUGUCUUUUAUUCAUGUGGCUAAUGUAUUUUCUAAUCUAAUAUUUUUUUAGGAAUGCGCCGAAUAUUCUGUAUUUGAAGAUUUUUUGGCUAAAAAUGGCUAUAAAACACAUGUAUGUUCAGCCAAACAACUGGAAAGACUGACAGAUGAAUACCAAACACAUCAAAUCCUUAUAGCAGAGCUCUUAUCCACCAUCCAGUAAAUUAAACACAAAUACACAUAUAAACUCCUUUAAAACAACACAACCCCCCCAAAUAAACCCCAACAAAAGAGAACUGGCAACCCCAAAGAUAGGGUUUAUCACAUAUCAUAUUAUACAUGAUACUCUGUGACACAGUAAUAUUGUGAUUUAAAAGAAAAAUCCAUAUGAAAUUAAUAGAUUAAGUGAAAAGGGGCAUUUUUCUGUAUAAUUUAAAUUUUAUUUUCUUACAUUGUUAUUAUUUUAUGCAAAAAAAAAAUUAAAAAAAAUAAGACUUAACAAGUUACUGUUGUUCAUGAAAGACAAACGUUUACACUUU